UACCAGAAGCAGGAAGUCUAUUUGAAAAUCAUGCGCGUUGUUUUUUUAACAGAGAUGACAACAACUAUCGCCAAAAUGAUGGAGAACGGUGCACAACUAUUUGCUAGGUUGGAUGGGAGACGGUCAUUGAAGGACAUUGAACCUCACAUCUUUCCAGACGGUGCUGGACCAGUCCAAGGCGACGUGGUGGAGUUCCAUGGCACUGAGGGCAGUGGGAAAACAGAGACCCUUUUCCACCUGGUGAGCCACUGCAUCCUGCCAGUUGACCGUGGAGGCCUAGAGGUGGAGGUCAUGUUCGUGGACACUGACUACCACUUCGACAUGCUGCGGCUGGUGACAGUACUGGAGCGGCGCCUGGGGGAGGAGGCUAGGGAGGAGGACGGCGUUGCGGCGGCCGAGUCCGAAGUACAAGUGCGGGCCUGUCUGGCCCGACUCUACGUGGUACACUGCUCCACCUCAGUCCAGCUGCUGCUCACAUUGCACCACUUGGAGAGCACCUUCUGCAGCCGGCCGGCCCUGUGUCUACUGGUGAUAGACAGCAUCUCGGCCUUCUAUUGGGUGGACCGGAGUGGGGGCGGGGAGAGCGUAGCCAAGCAGGAGGCCAACCUCAGGAGGUGUUCUGAGCUCCUGGAGCGACUGCUGAGGGACUGCCGCAUAGUGGUUUUCGCCACCACACACGCAAUCAUGAGAAACUACAGACACUCGGGUCAGGCGUCUACGGCCUCAUUGACACCCGCAGCAGCCGAGACGUCCUCCUCCUCCUCGUGGAGGCAGUGGUCCUCCACCCAUGCCUCAGAUUUUGACAGGCCCUACCUCAGCAGAGCCUGGCAGAGGCUGGUUACCCACAGGUUGCUGUUCUCCAAAGGAGAGGUGACGCAGGACAAAAAGCAGUUGUUCUCCGCUGCAUGCACCACCACCAGGACAGUAGGAGCUAAAUGCUCCUCCUUCUGUGUAAUGGAAGGAGGUGUUCAGUUUUUAUGAAGAUGUUGUCAAGCACCCGAUUGAAUUCUGUUCUACGUAUGACAGAUUAACCAUGUUGAUGCUUUGUUACAUAUAUUGAAAUUAUUUAGUUACACCAGCUGUGGAUAGCUGUUUGUUUUGUUGGAUUUUUUUAUUUUUAUUUUUUUUGUUAAACAAGGCAACUAUUAAAAUCUCCAAAGAAAUGAAAUCACACCAAUAUGAGCACCUGCUGUUCAGUUUGCCGUCCCCUGGGUUGUGUUCUGUUUGCCGUCCCCUGGGUUGUGUUCUGUUUGCCGUCCCCUGGGUUGUGUUCAGUUUGCCGUCCCCUGGGUUGUGUUCAGUUUGUCGUCCCCUGGGUUGUGUUCUGUUUGCCGUCCCCUGGGUUGUGUUCUGUUUGCCGUCCCCUGGGUUGUGUUCAGUUUGUCGUCCCCUGGGUUGUGUUCUGUUUGCAAUCCCCUGGAUUGUGUUCAGUUUGCUUAUGGAUAUUCUAAAGUUAGGAUAAGAUUAGUCAUGCAAUAGCAAUACAAAUAAUCUAUUUACUGCACACACACACAGGAAACAUUUAUAUGUAUAGGCUUUUAACUUGGUUCCCCCCCAAAUAACAUGCUAUUUUAAUUAGUUGGGGAUAGGGGGUUAUGUUAUGUUUCUGUAAAGAGGUGAUAGAUAAUAUCACUGUUUCAUACAUAUUCGCUGGAGGUCUUUAAUGUCUUCCCAAAUACAUUUUAGGAUAUUAUUUUUUAAGGAUGUAACAUUUUCAGUCUCUAAGAAAUGUAUGCAUUGUUCAUUGAGCAGUAAGACUUUUUUAAUUAGAGCACUAAGUACAAUUAAUCUGUAGAGAUACACUAGUUGUAGGUGCAAUAUUGUCAUGAAAGCCUAAUUACCAGAAAUAUUUAAUGUAGUGUUGUAUGAAAUCUCCUUUUAAUUAUAGAAUUUCAGGGAUAACCAGAGACCAAGCGAGUCUUCUUUUAAUAAGCCAUCAGUAGAUAAAUAUGUUUGUGUCUCUGUGUCGCUUCUAUGUCGUAUUUUACAGACAGAUCAAGGCUAGAAUGGAGCAAAUGGCCUCUGUAGCGCAGCUAUCCAGACUCGGGUGGCUUUAAGACAGCUCUGUUCUUCUAAAAGUGGGAAUAAUUUAACGUUUUGCCAUUGGUUCCCCAUUUUUGAACAAUAAUUAAUUUACAGGCCUAGCUUGUGGGCUAACAUGUCAGUGCUUGGCCAAGCCAGGAGGCACUGCGGUUUAAAUGGGUUCGAGCGGGACUAGUCUUACCCUACCCAAUUAUCCUUUGACUUUUUACCCUCAGUCAGCAUCCCAUAGCAAUAUGUGGAAAAUACACAACAAAUUACUUAGGGCUUGUUUAAAUUAUGAGAGAAAUAAUUACAUUCUAAAUAGACUUAUCUUAAGGCUUUUUACAUUACGCUACAUUAUCCGAGACAUUAUUACUCUGUCGUGUAAACUUGCAAGUGUCGAUGGCUCAAGACGCCACCUUCCAAUGUAGCGUGCGCCACAUUAUCGAUCAAUACCCUUCCGUCACAAGUGCUAAGACAGUUGUGACGGAAAUGUAUCAAGUUUCUGUGCUGUACGUGUACAUGUCGCCCGAUCUUUCCGCGACUGACGGACACAGUCCUGCGGGGUAAGUCUCAAACACGCCGGUGUAAAUUCAAACACUAUUGAAAUGAUUAGGCAAAGCGGAGUUAGCCGUCCACCCUUCCUGCGUUGUUUUUUCAUGUGACUCACUCCUCAGGGGGUUAACCAAAUAGUCUCCAAGGACAUCAGUGACUGUUUCACAUAUUAUAUAUAGCAACCCAUAGUGACGGGUCAGACCUCUUUGCCCCCAGGGCAGCUUCCACAGUGAUGCUGGUCGAGUACGACGCAGUGGUAUUAGACUGUUGGUGUAAACUGAACUGUGGUGAUACAAACAUCCUACAAACAGAUUGUUCUCUUAUCCCAAAGAUGAUACAUUGGACUGAGGUCUGAGGACGGUGCAAGCCACGCAAGUAACCUGAAGUCGGAAGUUGUCUGACCAAGCCAUAAUUUUCCACUGCUCCGUUGUUGAGUGCUGGUGAUGUACUUCUGUUAAUGUUUUUUGAUCUAGUUGCUAUUGAUUUUUUGAGUUCAUCAGCAGUAAGCAAAAGGUUUGUUGCCUGGGGAAAGCUUAUGGUUCUGAAUUAUACCGUUUCGUAUUCCAAGCCUCGGGUGAAGAUGUCAAAGUGUUCAACAACAUAUUCCUAAUUACAAGAUAUGAGGCUAAUGAUCCUCAGUUUGUUAUUUGGCAAUGUGUUUGAUUUAAGACAAUUAGGUGAUGUGGAGGUGUGUAUUUUACACACAGUUAAAUGUUAUGUAAUUGACAUGUGAAUGGUUGCCGCUGACAUUAGGACUUGCACAUAAUUAUACAUGACUUUAUUUUCUAUCUGAUGAGGUAUCAAUGACAGCACAGAUACACCAACAGUCAUGAGUAAGAGGCAGGUGGUCUGAUGUUAAUGACGUGUCCUCUGUUGUGUGCCAAAUACACCAGAUAUUGUUUCUUUGGCGGGAGGCCAGGGAGAGGUACUAGUUUGGAAGCGGACUGCUACUUUGACCUCUGCACCAAUCAGCCUUUUGCUGAAAAUGCACUGAAAUGUCAGCCCCAUGCGUAGCACCAGAGAAGCCUGUGUUAUCUGUUCAGCCAUGCAUUGUUGGUGUUCAGGAGUCUCCCUUACGUGUCCCGGGUUGACAGUCCAUCAGUCUGGCAUUAUAUGAAUGGUUUAAUUAACAAAACAACAGCCAGUUACCGUGGUUAUAAUGUCUCAUAUAUAAAAUCUCACUGCAGUCAUGCAUCAGAGUGAAAGUUCUGAUGAUUUAGGGUAGACAUCUGUAUACUCUACUAGCCAUGUAAUGAAUUGGAUAUCUGGCAGGUUUUAGCCAGUGGUAGCUCCAGAUCCACUUCUGGGGGGACUUUCUAAAUGUUUUACCCCUAAGUCGCUCAAAUAUUAAAGAAUUGGAAAACUGAACACAAAGAAGGGCUAAUUAAGACCAAUUGAUUGACUCAUGUUCAAUGAUGAAUGUUUUUUGUUAUUUUGAAUUUUCAAAGGGACUGGUUUGUAUGGGGAGAUAUGACAGGGGGCAGGAGUGGUGCAGCUUGCUAUCGUGGUGUAUACAAUUGAGCUUGAAAGACGAAAGCACUGCAUUAGCAAUUCAAAAUGAAUCCUCCCGGAAUUAA